AUGGGUACAAAGGAUCCUGGAGAGGACUUCAUCUUCAAUGAAUACGCCAUCGAUGACACACUUGAUCCUCUUAAUCGUCUGCUAAACUACCACACUUCUGGAUUUUCGCUGCAGCGUGAGUUUUUACUUCGUGAAGUCGUUGAAACGGUGAAGUUCGCUGGAUUUGAACAAAGCGCUAAUUUGAUUGUUCCAAUAUUAAGCGGGUUUACUUCCGAUUGUGAGCCUUUGGUACGACGAAUGUUGGUGCAACAACUUCCAGAGGUGGCUCAAUAUUUUGUUGAAGAAGGCGGUGAUGCUGGUUACGAGUUUUUACUGAGCAAAUUUCUUCCCAUUGGGUUUGAGCUUCUAGUAGACAAGAACGUUGAGGUUGCCUCCUCUGCCUUGGUGUCCUUGAAGAAACUUGCAGAACUUGUAAAACCAGAACAUGUUCAGGGGCAUUUACUAAGUGUUGUUGUAAUGUUAGCCCAUGAUGAGCGAGCAGAGGAUUAUCGAGUGGUAGCCGCUCAACUUUUUAAUAAUUUGGCAUCUAUAUUUGGUAAAAACUGUUGUGUAAACAAUGUCCUACCAGAAUUAGAAUUGUUGGCAAAUGAUAGCAACUUCUCUGUCCGUAAGGCUGUUGGAGCAAAUUUGGGGGAUAUAUGUGCCGUGGUUCAACAGGAUACAGCAGAAAAUGCUGUACUCCCUAUUUAUCUUAAUUUAUGUAAUGAUGAGAUUUGGGGCGUUCGUAAAGAGUGUGCUGAGAAUAUUGAAAAAGUUUCACUUGGUAUUGGUCCUGAAGCACGAGUGAAUAAACUUGUGCCAGUUUAUCUUCCUCUACUGGAAGAUACUUCACGCUGGGUACGUAAUAGUGCUUAUGAAUUUUUAGGAAAGUUUUUCCACACCCUGCGUAAUUGUGAUCUCAGUCCUGAGUUAUUAAAAUUAUAUACAGAUAUGGCAUUUCAGUCUGAGAGUGGAAAUGUGGAUUACAGUGAGCCAUGUGCGUUUUCAUUUCCUGCUGUUGUAGAAGUGGUAGGAAAAGAACGAUGGAAUGAGGCUGGAGAUGCAUAUGCCACGUUACUUAAGGAUGUUAAGUGGAAAGUGCGUAAAUCCCUUGCACACUCUCUACAUGAGUUUGCCCUCAUAUUAGGCCAGGAAAUUGCCGAGGCACACCUUGUGACCGCCUUUGAAUUACUAUUGCGUGACUUGGACGAGGUUCGAUUGGGUGUUGUUCUCCACGCGGAUGUCUUCCUUGGCGUUCUCAGUCAGGCGAAGCGUGAGCGGCUGGUCCCACUCCUCUGCCACGUCCCUUUAGAAAGCGAGAACUGGCGGCUGCGCAAUGUCGUCGCGCAGCGCAUUGGCGAAGUGGGCGUCCUGCUCGACCCCGCGACCAGCACGGCGCUCGGCACCGUCAUCACGCUGGUGGUGCGGCUGCUGGACGACAGCGUGAUGGAAGUCCGCCGCUCGACGUACCGCUCCGCCGCGCUGCUGCUCCGCCAUCUUGCCGCCGCCGGCCGCGAGAACACAUGCGGCGGAUACGCCCAGACGUUAGUGCAGGUGGCGGAGCGGCACAACUUCCGCGGCCGGCUGAUGUUCGCGUAUCUGGCGGAGGAAGUCGCCCGCCUCGGCGCCACCGAUCUCGUCACGCGGUACUUCAUUGAUGGACUCAAGCGACUGGCGCGGGAUCCUGUGGGAAAUGUGCGUCUCGCCGUUCGUACAGUACUCGACCGCACUUUUCUCAAAGAUCCCGCAUGGGCUCAGCAACCGCAGGUGCUGCAAAUACAGGAAGCACUCAAUGAGGCAGACGCCGCCAACCCCUAG